ACUACCCCACCAUGAGUUGGUUCUCAUGAGACUUGAUAAAGGAAACAUUGUCCAACAUCUACCUACAUAGGCUACUAACCUACUCAUACUCAACAUUAGCCGCCAGACACUUUGAACAUAGAGGUGUGUAGUGCAGAGACAAGAUACAAUGCCUGUCGACUACAGCAAGUGGGACGCGCUCGAGCUCAGCGACGACUCGGACAUCGAGGUGCACCCAAAUGUCGACAAGCGCUCCUUCAUCCGCGCCAAGCAGCACCAGAUCCAUCUCGAACGGCAGCAGCGAAAGAACCAGAUCGAAACAUUAAAAUACGAGCGCAUUGUCAACGACAACCUAAUCAAGCGCAUCUCGGGUCUGCUCGCCGCUCUCAAAUCACAUGCCUCGGAGGCGCAAACAAGGAAUCCGGGCGAGGUGGCCUUCCAGGCGGUCAUGGAGUCGGCUGCGUCGCUCGAUCCCAAGGACGACCAGCCUCCCCCGCGGCCAGCCGGUGUCCACAACGCCGAAGAACCCCUGCCGACUUACACCAAGAUGAUGGCGACACUCCUGGACCAGGUGAACAAGGCCCUUGACGAGAAGAAGAUUGAGCAAGACAAGAGGUACGACGGAAUGGUGGCCGAGAUUGAGGACCACCUCAAGAAAGUCACGGAUCUUCAGGGGGAGCUACUGAAAAAGCUCGCUGAGCUCGAACGGGAAGAGUCACGCAAGAUCACCAGCGAGAGCAUCCACACUGGUUUUGACAGCUCCCAUAUCAACAAGUCGAAACCGUCUAGUUCGGGGGCCAAGGAGUCUACCGUUGAGCUGCUCAACCCCAACUAUAACGCAGCUUCCGAGUCUACACCCAAAGAUGACAAGGCCGGCAAAGAUGACGAUGCAGUUAGCGCCUCCCCGGCAGCCCAGGAAUUUGCCAAGAUCAAGGCGGCCGAUUACCGAGAAUCCCAUGCCUUCCUGACCAAACACCCGGAGAUUCUGUCUGAAAAGGAGACCGACGGCCUCCUGGUCCUCGCAUUCGACGCUCAGUUGGAGGGCCGGGCCGACUACGCUCGCAACUGCGUACACCAAGCACUGCUUCUGCAGUACUGCCGCUCCCUGGGCCGCGACGGCGUUGCCCUCUUCUUCAAGCGCAUCACUACCCCCGGCCACCAGGCACAGGAGGUCUUCUUCAAGGAUGUGCAGGAGUGGUACGCGAAGAUUAAGAACCGCGCUAGGGAAAUUACUCUGCAGAGGGCAAAGGAUGAGGCCGAGGGCAAGGCCGGAGGAGUAGAACAGAUUCAGCUGCAUGCUGUCGAGCCAGGAACUGUAAUCAACAUCAAGAUCCCUCCCGAAAACAGCGACGACCCCGUCGAGAAGGCGGGUAGGGAGAUCUUUGAGACCUUCUCGCCGGAAAUGAAGAAAGCAUUGGAGACUGGGAGCUUGGACGAGGUGAACAAGGUACUUGGGGAGAUGGACGUGGCCGAGGCCGAGGAGCUGGUUGGGAAGCUGGGAGAGGCCGGUAUCUUGAGUCUGGAGGAAGAAAUCAUUGACGCUACCACCGAGGAGGGCAAGGACAGGCUGAAAAAGCUGGAGAGCGAAGCCAAAGAGAAUGAGGCCAAGGAGAGCGAAGCCAAGUACGCCGACGACCCGGAGUGACAGUAGAAUGCUGAGUUGCUGCUUGUGAAGAAUCAAGUUGGACUCUAUCACUACGCUUGAAUUAAUCACACUUACUCUACUGAUGUUUGGUGAAGAGGAAUACUUCUUCUCCUAGCCAUACAAGAACCGCCCCGGUUAC